CACGAGAAUGCCCACCACGGCGAACCUUACAGUACAAAACAAUGGACCAACCAAGCUAGCCAGUGAGGCAGUGAUUACUGUUUAUAAGAGGAGCAACACUGGCGCAGAUUUCAGCGAUCGUUCACUCUGCUUUCUCCAGUUUCACUUGAGAGCUAGCUGAGACUGAGAGCAAAAUGGUUCUUGGAGCGUUGGCGAGUGCAGUCGCCUCGACGGGCCUCCUCAUCGUCUACGGUGUCCUGGGCGCUCUACUCCUGUGGAAGGCCGCCCGGCUGCUGGACCGGCUGUGGUGGGAGCCGCGGCGGCUGGAGCGGGCGCUGCGCGCGCAGGGCCUGCGGGGCACGUCGUACCGCUUCCUCACGGGCGACCUCAGGGAGUACCGCCGGUCAAAAGAGGAGGCCGGGGCCAGGCCCCUGCCGCUGCGGUGCCACGACAUCGCCGGCCACGUCGAGCCGUUCAUCCACGGCGCCGUCCUGGAGCACGGCAAGACGUGCUUCACCUGGUUCGGCCCCGUCCCCAGGGUGACCGUCGUCGACCCGGACCUGGCGAGGGAUGUGAUGGCCAACAAGUUCGGCCACUUCGAGAAGCCCAAGUUCCCGGCGCUCACCAAGCUGUUCUCCGACGGUGUGGCCAACCACGAAGGCGAGAAGUGGGUCAAGCACAGGAGGAUCCUCAACCCUGCGUUCCACCUCGAGAAGCUCAAGCUCAUGCUGCCGGCGUUCUCUGCGUGCUGUGAAGAGCUCGUCAGCCGAUGGGCGCAGUCGCUUGGCCCCGACGGCUCGUGCGAGCUGGACGUGGACCCGGAGCUUCAGACCCUCACCGGCGAUGUCAUCUCUCGCACCGCGUUCGGCAGCAGCUACCUCGAAGGAAGAAAGAUUUUCCAGCUGCAGGCCGAGCAAGCUGAGCGCCUCAUGUCCAUCAUUGACAAGUUCGCCGUUCCGGGAUACAUGUCCUUGCCAACGAAAAACAACCGAAGGAUGCGCCAAAUCAAAAGCGAGAUCGACUGGAUUCUUCGGGGCCUGAUCGGUAAAAGAAUGCAAGCUAUGAAAGAAGGUGAGAGCGACAAAGAUGACCUGCUGGGCUUGCUGCUGGAGUCAAACGCGAGAGAGACAGGCGAUCAGAGCGGCCAGCCCGGCCAAGGAUUGACGAUGGAGGAAGUCAUGGAGGAGUGCAAGCUGUUCUACUUCGCGGGAAUGGAGACGACGUCGGUGCUGCUCACGUGGACGAUGGUCCUGCUAAGCAUGCACCCGGAGUGGCAGGACCGUGCGAGGGAGGAAGUCCUCGGACUGUUCGGGAAGAAGAACCAACCGGGAUACGACGGCCUGAGUCGCCUCAAAACAGUGACCAUGAUCCUCUACGAGGUCCUCCGGCUGUACCCGCCGGCCAUCGCGUUCAGCAGGAAAACGUACAAGGAGAUGGUGGUCGGAGACGUCACGUACCCUGCCGGCGUGACCCUGGAGCUGCCCGUGCUGUUCAUCCACCACGACCCCGACAUCUGGGGAAGCGAUGCGCACGAGUUCAGGCCGGAGAGGUUCGCCGAGGGGGUGGCCAGGGCGUCCAAGGAUAGGCUGGCGUUCUUCCCCUUCGGCUGGGGCCCGCGGAUAUGCAUCGGCCAGAACUUCGCCCUUCUGGAGGCCAAGAUGGCGCUGAGCAUGAUCCUUCAGCGCUUCCAGUUCGAGCUCGCGCCGACGUAUACCCAUGCGCCGCGCCGAGUUAUAAUGCUGCGCCCGAUGCAUGGUGCCCAGAUCAAGCUCAGAGCGAUAUGAUACGAUGCUAGCUCAGGGAUUCACAUGUGGCUGUUGGUCCAAUGGGCUUUGGGCUUUCAGGCCAAGAGUUGUGUCGUAGCAUUGGACCUUUUUACGUAUUUUUUUCUUCUAUCCAUGGAUGAUUAGUAGUCAGUAUCUUUCCGUGUCUUUUCAGUUAUCACUAGAUGUAAACACCCU